GUAGUAAUUCUCCUUCUUCUGUAAGGUUUGGCAUGGUGCUACAGUACUCUUUUCAUUUUCAUUGAGUCAAACAUUUAUUAAUUUAUUAGCUGGUGGAACCUAAUUGAUUGAAAAUGCCGAAGAAUAAGGGAAAGGGAGGUAAAAAUCGAAGAAGAGGAAAGAACGAGAAUGAAACUGAAAAGAGAGAGCUGGUAUUCAAGGAAGAUGGCCAAGAAUACGCACAAGUCACCAAGAUGCUUGGUAACGGAAGGCUAGAAGCAAUGUGCUUCGAUGGAGUCAAGCGGUUGUGCCACAUUAGAGGAAAACUUCGUAAAAAAGUGUGGAUCAAUCAAGGUGACAUCAUUUUAAUCGGCCUUCGUGAUUAUCAAGACGCCAAAGCCGACGUCAUUCUUAAGUAUACAUCGGAUGAAGCACGUAAUCUCAAAACUUAUGGAGAAUUUCCAGAAACAGUACGUAUCAACGACACUGUUACCUUUGUCGAGGAUGGAUUUGAUGAGGAUAUUGAGUUUGGUGAUGAAAUCAGUGACGAUGACGAGGAUGACGUCGACAAUAUCUGAUAACUCAAACCUUAAUAAAUGGUGGUGAAGAACAGGAGAUUAGGAAGAUAAUUGAAUGGUGAAUGCAAGAUGUGGAGCGCAGUCAAGGCGUUGUGCUUGCUUCCAAUUAAUAAGUAAUUGAUUAAUUGUAUCUAUAAAUAAACCAUGGUAACCAUUGA